UAUGCCGAAUCGAUUGCAAGUCAUCGCGGUUUCUGGUCUUAUCAGUGUGGUGAGUGGCUGAAAUUCGUYAUGCAGCAGUGUCGCGAAUAUGCCGAAAUGCCACACACUCAAAUGGGCUAUUUCGUGUCAAAAAAUCGCACAACGUAAGAACGACACGAAUCAAGUGUACGUGACCGAUUCGUGCCUGGAGAAGCCAUAUCGUUGCCCACAUCCGAAGAUACAAUUCUACCUCUACACGCGACGCACACAACAGAAUCCCGAAUUCAUCGAUGUGCUGAACGACAAUGCGCUCUACUACACGCACUUCAAUCCGCGGCAUCCGACCAAAAUCAUCAUACAUGGCUUUGGYGGCGGACGCAAUAAUAGUCCCAGUCCGGAUUUGCGCGAGGCCUACUUUACCAUCGGCGAUUAUAAUAUUAUUAUUGUMGAUUAUGCCGAAGCGGUGAAGGAGCCUUGUCUCAGCCAAAUGGAAUGGGCRCCACGUUUCGGCAGCUUGUGCAUCUCACAGUUGGUCAAGUAUUUAGCGCGUCAUCCGCGUGGUGUGCGGCCYGAUGAUCUMCACUUUAUCGGUUAUAGYGUGGGCGCACAUAUUGCCGGACUCAUUGCGAACUAUCUGAAACCAAACGAAGGUAAGUUGGGUCGCAUUACCGCCUUAGAUCCGACCAUUUUCUUUUACGCGGGCACGAACAACUCRCGCGACUUGGACUCGAGCGAUGCGCAUUUUGUCGAUGUGCUGCAUACUGGCGCCGGCAUUUUGGGUCAGUGGCAUUCGAGCGGUCAUGCGGACUUUUACGUGAACGGCGGUACGCGGCAGCCGGCGUGUGUGGGUUCAGCGACGCUCUUUCAGACCUUAGCCUGCGAUCAUACGAAGGUGACACCGUACUUCAUCGAGUCCAUAACUUCGACGCGUGGUUUCUAUGCGGGUCCCUGUCCGAAUCUCUUCACCUAUCUAAUAGGCUGGUGUGAGCCUAAAGAUUCAGAUUAUGUGCUAAUGGGCGAACAUGUCUCGCAUGAUGCUCGUGGAAAUUACUAUGUGACCACAAAUGCCAAACCACCAUAUGCGCGUGGCUUUCCGGGAAAAGGACGCUCCGCAAACAAUGGCGAGUAUCAAGGCGUGCGCAGAUAAUCCCAACUACCUARAAUCAUAUAUAUGUAUAUAUAAAAUAUGAUAAAUAAUUUAGUUAAAAUUGAUUACUUCUUUGUGUAAAAGUAGUGCAUAUUUGUGAUUUUAGUUAUAGAAUUGGGUAUUKUCUCACUGUGUACCAGUUAAUGUAUUUAUGUUAAAUAUUGUAAAUUUCGUAUACUUGGAAUUUUAUUGGUUUAAGAGUGUAGAAAUGAAAUUAUGUAUAUAUG